CUGAGAUUAUUUGUCGACGUAUCACCUGAGCACCGAUCUGCCCCGAUAAGCUGGGCUUCAAUAAUAUCAUCUUACUCGGCCGUUGCCAAUUUCCUGUCUGCUCCUUCAUAAUGUUUUCCUAACCACAAUGGCGAUAAUAUAGCGUGUCCGCCAUCUUCCCGCGCUUCCUGCCCUGCUUUUACCCUACCCUCAACCGUUUGACGACCCGCCUACCCCGGAACACCAACUGCUUCCAAUUUAGAGAAUCCUAUCACGAUAGACAGCUUAACGAAGAACGCGCGAAAUGACGGCCACGAUCAGGCAGCUCAAAAAGGCAGCCCGGAUUAUCCUCAUUGGUGCUCCUGGUGUUGGCAAGGGCACGCAAACAGAGCGACUCCUCGCCAGAUUCCCAGAGCUCGCGUCCAUAAGCUCUGGUGACCUUCUGCGAGAAAAUGUCCGGAACAAGACUCCUUUAGGUCUAAAAGCAGAGGCCGCCAUGCAGUCCGGCAACCUUGUCCCCGACUCGAUGAUCCUCGAUCUCAUAUCCUCCGAAUUCAAGUCUCGAGGCUGGCUUUCAGCAGCGCCGACCUCAUCGAUAACCCCCUCCGCGUCCUUCAUCCUAGACGGCUUUCCGCGCACGGCCACACAGGCCUCGAGCUUGGAACCCAUUGUCCCUGUAAACUUCGUCGUUCACCUUGUUACACCUCCUUCGGUCAUUCUCUCUCGGAUCGCGUCGCGCUGGGUACACGAGCCAUCCGGGAGGGUAUACAACACCGAUUUCAAUGCGCCUAAAGUCCCUGGCAAGGACGACAUCACUGGAGAGCCUCUGACUCAGCGUGAUGAUGACUCGAUUGACACCUGGACGCAGCGGUUGAACAAGUUCGAAGAAACGAGCAAGGCAUUGUUGGAACACUACCAGCGCAAGGGCUGCCUGUGGCGCGUGGAGGGCGACACGAGCGAUGAGAUCAGCCCAAAGCUGUUUUCAGAAAUUGAGCGACAGUUCUGCUAGAGUACCUGCACUUGCUUCCUACCGGUCCUGGAUACCUUCUUGUACUAUAUAUCGGUCCGAUUCUGGCCUCUUCUGUUUGUUGGCGUCGCAUUCCUGCAGUCCUAGAAGGGCUGCAGACGGAGGCAGUGUUUCUUUUUCUGUCAUUACUUACCCCGAGACAGCUAGCAUCUUUCGUGGACGAGAUAUACCUAAUGAUCAGUCUAACGAUGUUAAUGAUGUGCCGCAUUGAAGGCGAAUGAUCAGACAUUCAUUCAUCACAUGGCAUGGAGAGAAAUCAUAACGAUGGGGGAUAUCUAUCAAUCGUAUCAUCAUACCAAAACAGCAAACGCCC